CAGAGUCAGUGGUCCGCCUAAAAAACAAAAUAAUUUGCAGACUACGUUUUUCCCCACUCACUUCCGUAGAUCGAGUCUAUUUAGUGUAAGCAAAUACGGUGAGUGUUUUAGAAAGAUUAGGGUUAAUUUAUGUGAAAUCCUCAAAUCUAGAAACCAAACUAAAAGUCAAAGCAUUGUUUUUAUUGACUGAAAGACGGUUACUGCUCCGUGACGAAAGAACUCCAUCCCGUCCCGUUACAAGGUCUCUCUGAUCACUGUUAUCUUGGCCUAAUGUCUGUCCGAGUGCCAUCCAUGAGUGUGCUGCCUCCUGUUCGAAGGGACCGCAUUAUUGCCCAGCUUCCUCAGUUUUACAGUAAGAAGGCUGCUGUGCACACUAAAGAUGAGUUCAACUCCAAAGUGAAGACUGCCUGCCAGGAGCAACGCACUGGCACAGUAGGUAGGUUUAGAAUUGCUAAGGUCAUAGUGGUUGGUGACCUGGCUGUGGGAAAAACAUGUCUGAUUAAUAGGUUUUGCAAGGAUGCAUUUGACAAGAACUACAAGGCGACUAUUGGCGUUGACUUUGAGAUGGAGCGGUUUGAAGUGUUGGGGGUGCCUUUCAGCUUACAGUUGUGGGACACUGCGGGGCAGGAGAGGUUCAAGUGUAUUGCUUCCACAUACUACAGGGGAGCUCAGACUAUUGUUAUUGUGUUCGAUGUAAAUGAUGUGGCAUCUUUGGGCCAUGCAAGGCAGUGGCUUGAAGAUGCCUUGAAGGAGAAUGAUCCUACCAAUGUCCAGCUUUUCCUGGUGGGCACAAAGAAAGACCUAAGUUCUCCUGCUCAGUACUCUCAGAUUGAACAGGAUGCCAUCGAACUGGCUGAGGAAAUCAAAGCAGAAUAUUGGGCCUUGUCAUCAUUGACUGGGGAAAAUGUGAGGGAGUUUUUCUUCCGUAUUGCAUCAUUGGCAUUUGAGGCCAACGUUCUGGCAGAGCUAGAGAAGAGUGGAUCAAGGCACAUUGGGGACGUUAUCAAAAUUAACAGUAAUUCAAACAACGUGUAUGCAACAUCAAAGAAGAAACAGUCAAACUGUUGUCAAUGAAGACAAACACGUGACUACUACAGUAAAAAGGUACCAAAGCAAAAAGCAUAAUUUCCUCAGAAGAGAAACUGAGAACCACGGACCACUCCCAGACACAUGGAAUUUGCAGUGAGAGCUAGCAGACAGGACAGAGACUAGUGCCUUCACAGGCAUUUGAUUUUCAUUUCUGCUGGCCCGGAAAGAACAGCUCCUUGGUUGGAUGUGGAUUCCUGUGGUGCUUGGCUUAUUUUUGCCUAUCUAUAGUUUCGGAAUAUAAUUUCCUCUAUGUCAUUGCACUCCAUACUGUACAAUUCCAGUUUUUGAGUGUUGACAGAUUAUCGCGUUACUGCUUAAAUGGCUAUGGAUUAUGGACAACCAUGGAUGUCUUCAAAUACCUAAUAUGGAUAUUUUUAAGACACCACCAUUAGGCCUAUUAGAUUUUUUACAGUGUUGUUUUGUGUAGUGUUGUUUGCAUGCUAUAUGUUUUUUGCACAAUUUGUAACUAUAGCAUAGAUGGAAACUCGUAACUCCAUCCUGGGAGGUUAUAUUAUGCUAGCUAAGGAGUAUGAUUGCAUUGUUUGGAUAGUCCUAUUUUUAACAGCACAGAGGCGUUCAUACAGUGUGAGAGAUGUGUAUUAGUCAGAUGUACCUCAUCUACGUUAGAUAGAGACAAUAAUAUAACUGAGAAUGAUUAAUUUUGAAUUAUAUGCGAUAUUUGAAUGACUGAUCUUAUAUUAUCCCUCUAGUUGAAUAUCAGAAUCAGAGUGAAAUGUGCAUACAUACGUAUGUCUAGUUGUCCUUUUAGACAAUAAAUAUUAUUUAAGUUUUUUUUCUAAUA